CGCAAGCUGAGAAGCUGGACCUUCGUAUCGCCCAUAUCAUACAUGAUUAUCUUCGGUUUCCCUUCUCCUUCCAUUCUGGUCUCCUCUCAUUGCCCAUUGCACUUUUCGGUUUCAGUUUCCCUAGUAUUUCACGGCUGUGAUAGGUCUCCAGCGUGACCUGAACCAUCCCAUCAAUGCCUUUCGUACCAUGGCACAGAUCACACUCACGGACGGGUCGUGCAUGCCGAAUGGUUGUCGCUACCCCUUAGCAAGAUCAUCUCAUCUUCAGUCCUUCGUUCGUGCCCAUCAGCACCUCCCCUGGGCAUGGAUUUUGGCACGACACACCCUCCUUGAUGUCAAUUGUUCUAUUGUGCCCUCUGAUCAGUCUCACUUGUUUGAGGGGCAUGUCAGUAUACGUCAUAUCCUAAACAGUUCACCACGGCUUGCUUCAUCCUUCCUGAAUGCUGCCUUGCCAGCACUGACACGACAUGGUUUCACGCAGCUCUCUCACUUCGGAUCUUGGGCUGCGCAAAAUACGGCCUCGCCACGCCGUUUUGAGCCUUCGCGUAACUGGAUGGCUGAACUGUCUACCACCGCGCCAUCACUACGGCGUCAUCUCCCUUCGUUGAUAUCUUGGCUUGAACAUCUCUACCUCGGCAUGCUGCUAGACAGUUCAUGUGAUGAAACACUGGCUAUUGCUCGUCCUCUCAUUGUCAUCGCUACAUACCGCUCCCACGAACCCUCUCAACAACGUCCUUUUGCUGCCUCGGACGCAUCAAUGCUCCCAUUACCAGCAUCACUUUUCCAGGCUCGCUCGGUUACAUCUGCAGCUGCGACACCUAAUAGCCAGGUGGUAUUCUCACUUGCAAGCUAUGGAACAUCGGCAGGGAUCCUACAUGGCGAGCUACUGGGCAUCAUAGCUGCUGUUUUACUGUCCAUUCACGCUAACCCACAAGAACCCUACUCUGUUUUGGCAGAUCACAAAAAUGCAGUCCACAUGAUACACGAAGUACUUCCCGGUGCUCUACCCCACGUCUGGAACAAUCAGCCAGCGCGCUCCUUAUACCGCUGGUUGUUUUCACUUCUACACUCUCCAACACCUGCGCCCUCACUCGUCUGGACCGCUGGUCAUACCAACGGCCUUGCGCCAGAAUGUCUCACCAACGAUUAUGUGGAUCGGAUGACCUCGUAUGUGCAAGAACGGCGUGGUGUAAUUCCGUCUGCGCCCCUGGCAACUUUCUCAAUGGAUGACUACGCUAUGUUUGCAUCCGGUUAUGGUUUUGUUGAAAAUAACUUGUCUUCUUUGCUCAUUUCUAGGCUCGAAGAUUCUUAUGCGUUGAGCGACUCCUUUCGUCCAGCGCGAGCUCUGACUCUUGCACUGUAUGACAGUCAUCGCCUGCCGGACCUCCCAUACACUCGAGCAUCUAGCUCUUUCUCUGCCAUCGUACAAUUGUAUGCCUGGUCAUCGCAACUUGAUACUGCAGAGGUGCCGCAUCGGCGUUUUCGUGAUACGCCCGCCCUGGUGUCAUUUUGGUUGUGA